CCCGCCGGCCUCCGCCCUCGGGUCACUGUGCCCGACCGAGCGCGGCUCUGCGGGGCGGCAGGUGAGCUGUCUCUCGGUUCCCAGCGCGCACAGCCGUUUGCGCCCCGGAGAGGCUGGGCUUCCUCGGGACUCGGCCGAGGGUCAACUGCCCAUGGGCUUUCGGAACCUCCGCUUCACGUUGUUCUCAGCCAGGCCCGCACCCCCGAAGGGCUGUGACUGGCCUCGAUGGAGCUCCUUCCGGUCCCUGCUGCUUCUGCUACUUUUGCGGCUGUCUGCGAUGACCUCCAUAGACCAGGACUGGCGGUGCCCGCGCACGCCCUACGCUGCCACCCGCGACUUUAAUGUGAGGUAUGUGGUGCCCUUCUUCUCCGCGGGCAGCCCAGUGCAGGCCGUGGUGACCUAUGAGGAUGGUCAGGAUGGCAGUGCUGUGUUUGUGGCCACACGCAAUCGCUUGCACGUGCUUGGGCCUGAACUGCAGAUUGUCCAGAGCCUGGCCACUGGCCCUGCUGGAGACCCGAGCUGUCAGACCUGUGCAGCCUGUGGACCAGGCCCCCACGGCCCACCAGGUGACACAGACACACUGGUGCUAGUGCUGGAGCCUGGGCUGCCUGCAUUGGUCAGCUGUGGCUCCAGCCUGCAGGGCCGCUGCUUCCUGCAUGAGCUGGAGCCUCAUGGAACAGCCUUGCACCUGGCAGCACCAGCUUGCCUCUUCUCUGCUGACCGAAACCUGCCUGAGGACUGUCCUGACUGUGUGGCUAGCUCCUUGGGCACCCGAGUAACUGUGGUUGAACAGGGCCAGGCUUCUUACUUGUAUGUGGCAUCCUCACUGAACGCAACGGUGGCUGCCAGCUUCAGUCCCCGCUCCGUGUCCAUUCGGCGCCUCAGGGCUGAUGCCUCAGGAUUUGAACCAGGCUUUGCGGCCCUGUCAGUGCUGCCCAAGUACCUGGAUUCCUACCAUAUCGAAUACGUGCACAGCUUCCACUCUGGAGCCUUUGUCUACUUCCUGACCGUGCAGCCUGCCAGUGUGACAGACACUCCUGGUGCCCUGCAAACGCGCCUGGUACGGCUCAAUGCUCUGGAGCCGGAGUUAGACGACUACCGGGAGCUGAUCCUUGACUGCGAUUUUGCACCAAAACGCCGCCGCAGGGCCCCAGAGGGGAGGCACUCCUACCCAGUGCUUCAGGCAGCCCACUCGGCUCACGUGGGUGCCCAGUUCGCCUCUGAAUUAAACAUUGCUGAGGGCCACGAAGUGCUAUUUGGAGCCUUUGUGACCGGUAGGGCUGGUGACUCUGGCAUGGGCCCCAACUCUGUAGUCUGCGCGUUCCCCAUUGACCAGCUAAACACUCUAAUUGGUGAGGGUGUGGAACGCUGUUGUGGGUCUUCUGUUAUCUCUGGUCCUCGAAGAGGCCUCGAGUUCUUCCAGACACUCAGUUUUUGCCCUAACCUGCCAUUCCCCGAGGCUCCUAGCCCCAACAUUAGCUGCCACUACUUCCCUCUGCUGGUCAGCGGCAGCUUCUCACGGGUGGACUUAUUCAACGGGCUUUUAGGACCAGCGCAGAUCACUGCCUUGUAUGUAACACGCUUUGACAAUGUCACAGUUGCCCACAUGGGCACAGCUGAUGGACGGAUCCUGCAGGUAGAGCUAGCCAGGUCACUCAACUACUUGCUGUAUGUGUCUAACUUCUCACUGGGCAGCAGUGGACAGCCCAUUCGGCGAGAUGUCAGUCGCCUCAGGGAUGACUUACUCUUCACCUCUGGGGACCAGGUCUUCCAGGUACCUAUUCGGGGCCCUGGCUGCCGCCACUUUCUCACCUGUAGAGGCUGCCUGAGAACACAGCGCUUCAUGGGCUGUGGCUGGUGUGGAGAUGUAUGUGGAAGACAGGAAGAGUGUCCUGGCUCCUGGCAACGGGAUCACUGUCCACCUAUACUUACUGAGUUCUAUCCUCACAGUGGGCCCCGAAGGGGCAGCACAAGGCUGACCUUGUGUGGCUCCAACUUCUACUUGCGCCCUGAUUCUCCAGUACCAGAGGGAACCCAUCAGGUCACAGUGGGCCAGAGUCCCUGCCAGCUGCUGCCUCAGGAUACCUCAAGCCUCAGGCCAGUACUCCAGAAGGACUUCGUAGAGGAGCUUGAGUGUGAGCUGGAGCCCUCACACACCCAGGCAGCAGGGACUACCAAUGUCAGCCUUUCUGUGACUAACACGCUCCCCAGCAGGCACUUCCGCAUAGAUGGCACCUCCAUGCUGGGAGGUUUCUCUUUCAUGGAGCCAGUGCUAACAGCAGUGCAACCCCUCUUCGGCCCACGGGCAGGGGGCACCCGUGUCACCCUUGAAGGCCAGGGCCUGUCUAUAGGGACCAGCCGGGCUGUGCUGAUCAAUGGAACUCAAUGCCAGUUGGAACAGGUCAGCGAGGUGCAGAUUGUAUGUGCCACGCCCCCUGCUGCUGCUACGGCCAGUGUCCCCCUUGGCCUACAGAUAGGGGGUGCUGAGGUGCCUGGUUCCUGGACCUUCCACUACCGGGAAGACCCCAUUGUGCUGGGUAUCUCCCCCAACUGUGGCUAUGCUGGCUCCCAUGUCACCAUCCAUGGCCAGCAUCUGACAUCAACGUGGCACCUAAAGCUGUCAUUUCAUGAUGGGCAGAGGGCCAUAGAGAAUAGGCAGUGUGAGGGGCCAUUUCCGGAGCAGCAUCGAUGCCGUCUGCCUGAAUAUAUGGUCCGAGACCCCCGGGGGUGGGUGAUAGGGAAUCUGAGUGUCCAGGGAGAUGGAGCUGCUCACUUCACACUGCCCAGCUUUCGAUUCCUACCCCCACCUCGUCCACCCAGCGCGGACCUAGUCCCACUGAAGCCUGAAGAACAUGCAGUUAAGUUCCAGGUAGGUUUGAGGGAUGGGACAGUGAUAGGGAGGGAUUAUAGAAUAGGGGCCAGGCCACUGGUCUGGCCCUCAUGGCUGUCUCUGCAGUAUAUUGGGCUGGACGCUGUGACUGACUGCGUUGGUGUAAAUGUGACUGUGGGUGGUAAGAGAUGCCAGUACGAGUUCCGGGGAGAUGUGGUGGUCUGUCCCCUGCCUCCCUCAGUGCAACUCAGCAAGGAUGGUACCCCACUGAAGGUCUGUGUGGAUGGCGAUUGUCACACAGUGGGCAGAGUGGUCAGGGCAGCCCCAGGGGGCAUCCCACAGAAUAUCCUCCUUAUUGUCCUGCUGGGCUUAUUCCUGCUUGUGGUUUUACUGGCUGCUGCACUAGUCUUCAACUGGUGGCGGAGGAAGCAACAAGUCCUUUCGCCCAACCUGGAUGACUGGGCAACCCUGGGCCAGACUGCUGGAGCAGUGCUCCUGCCUGUGCUCGACUCAGGCUCUGACUACGGAAAUGACCUUGUACUCCCUGCCCUUGAUGGUCUACAUUCUCCCACUGGGCUUCAUGGAGGAUCCUACUCAGAGGAAGCUUCCCAUGUCCCUCUGCUGCGGACAGAAUCUAUCCGGCUCAGGGACUUGAACUCUGCACUCCUGGCCGAGGUCAAAGAUGUACUGAUUCCUCAUGAACAAGUGAUCAUUCACAGUGACCAAGUCAUUGGCAAAGGCCACUUUGGAGUUGUCUACCAUGGGGAAUAUACAGACGAGGCCCAGAAUCAAAUCCACUGUGCCAUCAAAUCGCUCAGUCGCAUCACAGAAGCGCAGGAGGUAGAAGCCUUCCUUCGAGAGGGGCUGCUCAUGCGUGGCUUGCACCACCCAAAUGUUCUGGCUCUCAUUGGGAUCCUGCUACCACCUGAAGGGCUGCCCCGUGUGCUGCUGCCCUAUAUGCGCCAUGGAGACCUGCUCCAUUUCAUCCGCUCCCCACAGCGGAACCCCACUGUGAAGGACCUCAUCAGCUUCGGCCUGCAGGUAGCCCGCGGUAUGGAGUACCUGGCAGGACAGAAGUUCGUGCAUAGGGACCUGGCUGCUAGGAACUGCAUGCUAGAUGAGUCAUUUGUGGUCAAGGUGGCUGACUUUGGUCUGGCCCGAGAUGUCCUGGACAAGGAAUACUACAGCGUCCGUCAACACCGCCAUGCUUGCCUACCUGUCAAGUGGAUGGCACUGGAGAGCCUGCAGACCUACAGAUUCACCACCAAAUCUGACGUGUGGUCAUUUGGUGUGCUGCUAUGGGAGCUGCUAACACGGGGUGCCCCACCAUACCCCCACAUUGACCCUUUUGACCUUAUCUACUUCCUGGCCCAAGGUCGGCGCCUGCCUCAGCCUGAAUAUUGUCCCAAUUCUCUGUACCAAGUCAUGGAGAGAUGCUGGGAGGCAGACCCAGCAGCACGACCCACCUUCAGAGCACUGGUGGUGGAAGUGGAGCAGGUUGUGGCCUCACUGCUUGGAGACCACUAUGUGCAGCUAUCUGCAGCCUAUGUGAACUUGGGCCCUGGCACCAUGGACAAGGGGAAUGUGCUCCUGGAACAUCCACAGUCCUCGCCUCUGCACAGGAGCAUGUCUUGGUCCCGACCCCUCUCAGAGCCGCCUCUGCCCACUUGACUCAGGUCCUGGGAAAGCCCAUGGGGGCUCAAAGCAAGGGCUUUGAGGUAACCCCUGGUGGCCUCUGGGCCAUGCCUGACUGGAGGAAUGGGGUUUUCACUUUGUGCCUGCUCUUUAACCUUUGGAGGGGGAAGGAGGGCACACAGUCUCUCACUGCAGAGCCAGCCUGUGAGAGCAGCCCUUCUGCAUCCCAUAUUUAUGGAGCACUUUCUAUACCAUGCCUUCUGGGCACAAAGGACUCAGCAGUGACACAGAGGCACUCACUUUUGAGUCAAUAAAAAAUGAGUAUCCUUGUACAAA